CCGGCCAGUGCCUCUGCUUCCGGCUCUAAUUGCUCUUUCUCACGCACGCCUUCAACAUGUCCGAGACUGCUCCUGCAGCGCCCGCUGCUCCGGCUCCUGCAGAGAAGGCACCCGUGAAGAAAAAGGCCCGCAAGUCUGCAGGUGCGUCGAAGCGCAAAGCGUCUGGGCCUCCGGUGUCCGAGCUCAUCACCAAGGCUGUUGCCGCUUCCAAGGAGCGCAGCGGGGUGUCUCUGGCCGCUCUGAAGAAGGCGCUGGCGGCCGCUGGCUAUGACGUGGAGAAGAACAACAGCCGCAUCAAGCUUGGUCUCAAGAGCUUGGUGAGCAAGGGCACCCUGGUGCAGACCAAGGGCACCGGCGCCUCGGGGUCCUUCAAACUCAACAAGAAGGCGGCCUCCGGGGAAGCCAAGCCCAGAGCUAAAAAAGCAAGUGCAGCUAAGGCCAAGAAGCCUGUAGGAGCGGCUAAGAAGCCUAAGAAGGCAACGGGGGCGGCCGCCCCGAAGAAGAGCGCCAAGAAGACCCCAAAGAAGGCGAAAAAGCCGGCCGCAACUGCAGGAGCCAAAAAAGCGAAAAGCCCUAAAAAGGCGAAAGCAGCCAAGCCGAAGAAGGCGCCUAGGAGCCCAGCGAAGGCCAAAGCGGUGAAACCCAAGGCGGCUAAACCAAAGACCGCCAAGCCCAAGGCAGCCAAGCCAAAGAAGGCGGCAGCCAAGAAGAAAUAAAAGUCCUUUGGCCAACUGCUUAGACGCUCAACACAACCCAAAGGCUCUUUUCAGA